AUGAUUAUUGUCGUCGUCGUUGUUGUUGUGUGCGGAAAGGUUUAUCACUCUAGUUUUGUGAAUGAAGAUGGAGUGAGUAGAGCUUGUGGGUGUCCUCUGCUUCCUCUUAAGAGCCACAUUAAGGGACCUGCUCCUGUUUCAGAUCAAGAUACAACUGACAUCGUGGAUGAAGCCAUCACCUUCUUCCGAGCCAAUGUGUUCUUCAGAAACUUUGACAUCAAGAGCCCUGCUGAUAAGCUUCUCAUAUACUUGACCUUUUACAUUAACAUCGCUCUCAAGAGGCUUGAAGGUUGCAGAACCUUAGCUGAAGGAACCAAGGCAAUCAUCAACUUGGGUCUCGAAAAGGUUCCUGUCCCUGGAGAGUCUGGCUUUCCAUUUCCUGGCCUUUUCCCCCUUCCUCAAUCACACAAGGAAGCAGAAUUAUUCAGAAAUUAUUUGAAGCAGAUAAGGGAAGAAACAAGUGGGAGGUUAUUGAGCGUUGCAUACAGACCUAAUGGCACUCCAAAUAAAUGGUGGUUGGCAUUUGCAAAGAGGAAAUUUAUGAAUAUAAUCAUCCCUUAA